CGAACAUUGCUCCAUUGGUUGGCAAUGAAUGGUGUUGCAUUUCUUAUUCCUAAACUGAUCGAAACUGGGUUUGACGUCAACGCAGUAGAGUCGGAUUUCAGGACGCCUCUGCAUCUUGCUGUCAUUGGCAACCAUUUCCCCGCUGUAAAGUGUCUUGUGGAAAAUGGCGCCAAUGUACAUGCAGAGGACCUUGAACAUAUGCUGCCU